UUGAAAAUUUGUGUGUACGUGACGUAAACUGUAGAUUUUCAGUACUAAUAGUGAAUUACGGAACGCAGCCCUAGUAAUUUACUAGUGUGCGAAAAUUGUACUUGUUUUGACAUCAUGCGACACGCAAUAUCACAUUGAAAAGCAUCUUUAUAUCCGGUGUAUGUGUGUAUGUACGUAUGUGCAUACAUACUGUCAGUACGAUCGAGCAAUUUUGACGCCGAGACUUUUGGAGCUCUCAGGGUGAUACGCGAAACUUAUUGAAUCUCGUUAUCGUGGACGUUCCGUCUCAGCCACGACGAAACUGACACGCGGCCAUGAGGUCGAGCUGUAGGAAUGAUAAUUGAUGGUCAUCGCCGCCGUCGUCCUAUACUCGCGUCGAGUCCGUGUCUCUGGCGUCUUGUUGUAGCGGUAGUGUCCAUGAGGACGAUGCCCCGAGUCGUGAAGGAAGAUCGUUAAUGCGUGGUGUCUCUUCGCGCUUUCGUUUUAUGGAUUCCGCGUGAAAGAGCACGGCCUGUAUAAGGGUGAGAGAGAGAGAGAGAGAUAAAGAGAGAGAGUGUGAGUGAGUGAGUGAGUGGUGUGUGUGUGUGUGUGAGAGAGAGAGAGAGAGAGAGAGAUAUCUUGAGGAUGUACAAAAUCGACGUGCAUGUCGUUCAUCGCUUGGAAUCUUUCUUACCAGUGUGAGUAGGCCUCCAAGUGAGUAAGAAGCAAACUCUGCUAGUAAGAUUAUUCUGUCCUCUUUCUCUCUUUCUUUCUUUUUCAAAAUGAAGACAAAAAAAGGAAAAAAGGAAAGGAGAGAAAGAAAGAGUGAGUAGUCGCGAGGCAGAAUAUCUUAUAAUCUCGAGAUAUUGAGUACUCGCUGAUAAAGUUUUCAUUAAAAAAGCGCAGAGAUGGAAAGUUCUGAGGAACCAACCAGUCUGCAAUCUAUAUGCCAUCUGCAUGCCUCAGAACUGUUCCCCAAGCACACACAUUUUGAGUGCGAAGAUGAGACACUGACAAUUCCAUUCACACCAUUGAGUGGGGAAUCGGUUGUGGCCCUAGGACGAACAACGGAUGGUGUUUUGGCACUUUCAAAUUAUAGACUUUAUUUGCAAUUAAGCCAAACGUGUUACAAUAUACCUCUAGGUCUUAUCGAGCAAUUAGAAGUCAAAGAGAUUUUCUAUUUACAUAUUGGUUGCAAAGAUGCACGUUCUUUAAGUUGUGCAUUUACCACAAACGAACAUUGUUUAGAGUGGUUUAAACGAUUACACAAAGUGACCUAUCCACGAAAAAGUAUAGAGGAUAUAUUCGCGUUCGCUUAUUAUGCAUGGUCUAUAGAAGAGGGCAAAGAUUAUCCUAGACUUGGAAAAGAUAAUAAUUCUUAUAUUACGACUUUUAAUUCAGAGGUCGAGCGAUUGAAGUUCAAUUUACAUGGUACAUGGCGUAUAAGUCAAAUAAAUAAGGAUUACCGAAUGUGUCCAUCUUAUCCGCCGCAACUCUUGGUUCCUGCUUGCAUUUCCGACGAAACUCUCGAGUUUGUUGCCAAAUUUAGAAGUUCCAGACGUAUUCCAGCUAUUGUGUGGAGGCAUGUGAAUAAUGGUGCUGUAAUAGCUCGCAGCAGUCAACCGGAAGUUGGUUGGCUCGGCUGGAGAAGUUCUGAGGAUGAGGAUCUUUUGAAGGCUCUCGCAGACGCGUGUAGCUACGAUAAGGGCGAAUCUACAAUGGUAGAUUCGCCUAUUACAUACUCUGAUGUUGGUGAAAAUACUGUAACACCAAACGCUGCCAAGAAAGUUUUAAUUAUCGAUGCGAGAUCGUACACAACAGCUGUAGCAAAUCGGGCGCGCGGCGGCGGCUGCGAAUGUCCAGAGUAUUAUCCGAGUUGUGACAUACAAUUUAUGAAUUUGCCAAAUAUUCAUUCGAUACGGAAAAGCUUUCACGCCGUGCGACAGCUUUGCGCGUCGGAUGCGGAUCAACCAAAUUGGUUAAGUUUGUUGGAGGGUACGCGAUGGCUGCAACACAUGUCAGGCUUACUGCGAGCGGCGGUCACCGUGGCUUCCGCGAUUGAAAGGGACGGUCGACCAGUAUUAGUGCAUUGUAGCGAUGGUUGGGAUCGAACACCCCAAAUUGUUACGUUAGCGCAGAUACUACUUGAUCCGUAUUAUCGCACUAUGGAGGGGUUCCAAGUUUUGAUUGAAAGAGAAUGGUUAGACUUUGGACACAAGUUUGCAGAUCGAUGCGGUCAAACGAUCGGUUGCGACGAUCCCAACGAGCGUUGUCCUGUAUUUCUUCAAUGGCUCGAUUGCGUCCACCAGUUGAUUUUGCAGUUUCAAUGUAGCUUUCAAAUGUCGUCAGCAUAUCUUGUGAAAUUAGCCCAGCAUACAUACUCACAAUUAUUUGGUACAUUCCUAUGUAAUACCAGGCAGGAGAGACUACAAUUGAGAAUACGUGAACGUACGUUUUCUGUUUGGCGUUUUCUCAACUCAACUGCGUUUGUGAAUCAUUUAUAUUCGCCAUUAAAGAAUCAAGUAUUAUGGCCAAGUUGCAACGUGCGCGAUCUUGUCUUGUGGUCCGAAGUGUAUUUAGGUUCUAUGGAAUCAUUACUCGGUAUGAGAGAUGAUAAGCAGAGAGUGACGAUGAUUGACAUCGAAGGUGGCGAGAACGAGGAACCGCAGGGACAGAUGACGAAGACGAGGUCGUAUGGUGAUCUCAUGCACGCUCCUGAUCACGCGGCUUAUUUGCACCGAAGACGUAGCGAUCCGAGUAUUUCCAUGGAGAAAAAAUUCGAUUCUCUGGCACUUGAGACUGAAACAGAUCAGAAGAGCGCAAAAAAUAUGGACAAUAACAAAAAUGAAGCUGCAAACAAAAACUUAUUGGAGAGUGAAACCAAGACGAAACGAUAUACUAUUCAAACAUCCAACGAUUCACCCGCUAAUCCAUCGGUAGAUAGUUCCACUGACACUUUGAUACCUAAUGAUUCUACCGUUGCAGUAAUCAAUGGAGAGAAAGAAGUAUCACAGACAAAUUUAUCGCGGGAUAUUGUAUCGCCAUGGAUCGAAACUGGUACUACCACAACCGGACGGACUGUUUGCUCAUCGUGUAAUCGCAAUCACAACGAGGGUAGUGAUGUGAGUGAUACUAGUGCCCCAUUGAUAUCAAGAACUCCCAGUAGCAUAUGUCCGGCUUCUCCAACCCAUCAGGACGUUAUGCUAGAUAAUCCUGACUGGCUGGACGAUGUUGACGGUCUUCCUGUCAUAUGUUGUGACAUCCAAAUGCGAGUACAACAAAUUAUCGUAGAGCAUAAGCUUAAGGAAGAAGCUCUGAGGAAGGAAUUACACACAACGAGGUUGGCACUAAUCAAGCAAGUUUGUAAUCACAAUGCCGAUACUGAUCGUAUCGAUGACAUUGGUUCACUACCGGAUUCCGUGGGCAGCACUGGUGAACAUGGAGAGUCACUACCAUCGGAUAUGUCCUGGGAAGCUGUGGAGGAGUUGAGUCCCGCGCCCACUCUUUGGGUGCCCGAUCAUGCUGUAACACGGUGUAUGGGUUGUAACACGGAGUUUUGGCUUGGUAGACGUAAGCAUCACUGCAGAUGCUGCGGCAAGAUUUUCUGUGCCGAUUGCUCUGAGAACUCCACCCCUUUGCCCAGCGAACAGCUCUAUAAUCCUGUAAGGGUGUGUAGCGACUGUUAUACGCGGUUGCACCACCAUCAUCACACAAACUCCUGUCCAUGCAACGCCCGUCACCAGUGUGCUAAAGCAGAGAACGAAAUGGCUUCUUCUGAGGUGACUCCUCCGCAAUCAGCAAUAUGCCAGAGGUCGAGAAAGCUGCCGCCCGCUGUAACAAAAGACAUUUGCUGCGAUAAUCUAUUGCAGGUGACGCAUCAGAAAACUCAACCAUCUGUCGCAGCAGCUACAGCAAAUUGAGGAGACAGGUCUGAAAAGCCGAGCAAAAGAGACAAAGCAGAGGAAAAGCAAUUUGUUGGGGAUGGCGCGAUUCUCCUCUCCAUCAAUUGCUGAUCAGCAUCAUCUAACUCCGUGCGGCGCGCAUUGCAUCGCCGGACAUACUUUGUAUCGGAUAUAUACAUAGCAUGCGGAUUAACGCAUCUAGAGUAUCCUAAGCGAUUUAAUAUAUUUAUUGCUAGAUUAAUAAUUUGUACGCGAACAAGAAUGUAUAGCGAAUACACAGAAAAAAAGGGCAGAGUGAGAGAAAAAAAGUUAGUAUGUUGUACAUACCUUAGGAGUAAUCUCAAGCUAAAAUUCCUGGCUUCUUCUGAGAGAUAUUCCUUUGAGAGAUUCAGGGACAUCCUUCAAGAAUUUAUCCGUUUCUCUAAAUAUCUCCACGCUUAGCACGAUAGGAGGAUGGUGAGUGGCAAAUUUUUGGAUAGGCUGUGAUCGACAUCUAACUUUGUUAGACGACUAUAUUAUGGAGCGAAGUGCUAAUUAAUUGUCAAUUUGAUCACGACGAGAGCGAUCGUUAAUUAGCGAUCAAGAUUAGCGGUCGGGCGAAACGAAUGAGAUUGUAUUUCUUACCGCCGCCGUAUGUAUGAGAAUAUUAAAUGUCAUUAUCGCACGCGUCUGAUAUCGAUCGGUUUCACAUUCAAAAUCCAUAUUUUAUCCUAUAUCGCAAUCCUUUUUUUAUCAUUAGAUCUAUCUGUUGACGAAAAAAAAAAACCAUUUGCCUUUGUAUUAGUAAAUUUUAUGCUUAGUUAAUUGGUUUGUAUCAAAUGUAUUAUGUAUUUCAUGUGCGCUCUAUUGAUUUCAUCAUUUUUAAUUGCAUCUGAAAUCUGCAUCUUUGUGCAUUGUAAAAUCAAACAUUCAUCCCAAUUUCAUUCUUUCGAUGGAUAUUUUACGAAUAAAUGUGUGUGGGCGACAUAUAUUAAAUUUUGAAAAGCUUUAUUAUUAUAUAUUCAAGAACAUAAAAAACAGGAACGAAGAAAGAGAA